GGAUGAAGGAGUCGAGCCUGUAAGUUCGGUCUUGCUGAGAGGAUCGACCCAGGAGGACCCGUGCGAGGCUGAAAAUGUACCUGCUGCUGCUCUUUCCCCUCCUCUUCUGGGUUCCAGGUACAGGCUCAUCAGAUCCCAUCACGGGUCCAGAAGCAGUGAGAGGUCUGGAGCGGGGAGUCUUGACUGUGCAGUGUCGCUAUGACCCAUAUUGGGAGACCUACAGAAAGUGGUGGUGUCGAGGAACUGAUUUAAAACCCUGCAAGAUCCUUGUUAAAACCAAUGAAUCAGCGUUUGGGGAGAAGGAGCGUGUGUCCAUCAGGGACUAUCACACAAACCACACGUUCACUGUGACCAUGAAGGAGCUCAGGCAAGAAGAUACAGACACUUACUGGUGUGGGAUUGAGAGAACUGGACAUGACCCUGGGUUCCGUGUUAAAGUGACCAUUGACCCAGGUAAGAGGACGUGCAUGUGUGGCUGUGUCUCUUCAGGGCCUGCUCUGCCCUGGUCCCUGAGGUCUCUGUCCAGUGACUGAACUCACUCAGAUGAACUGCCACAGAGGGGGGUUGGUCCUGAGGUCUCAUGGAACCCUGGCUGCUCACUUAGGCUGGGAGGUACAGGGCUUCUCUUAGAUGCUCUUGGGGCUCAAGAUGGGAUCAAGCCUUU